AUGGCAGAUAUCAAACCCUACACCAUCUCCAUUCCCUCGUCCCGCGUGGACGACCUCAAGCAGCGUCUUGAUCUUGCCAGAUUCCCAGAUGAGCUUGACGAAGCCGGCUGGGAUAUGGGCGCCCCACUUCAAGAUGUCAAACGCCUGACGAGCUAUUGGAAAAGUACUUUUGACUGGAAGGCCGCCGAGAAAAGGUUGAAUGAGUAUCCUCACUUUGUGACUGACAUUAAAUGCGACGGGUUUGAGCCUUUGGCCGUACACUUUAUCCACCAGGAAAGCAAGGUCAAGAAUGCCAUUCCAUUGCUUUUCAUCCAUGGCUGGCCUGGACAUUUUGAGGAGGUACUUAAAAUCAUUAAGCCCCUAGGAGACGGAGAUGGUAUCAACUCCCCGGCUUUCCACAUCGUCGCACCUUCUCUACCCAACUUUGGCUUUUCAGAGGGACCGAAGAAGCGAGGUUUUGCGCAGGAGCAAUAUGCAGAGACGGUGAACAAGCUGAUGCUCAAACUCGGCUACAAUGAAUAUGUCACACAAGGCGGCGAUUGGGGCUGCCACAUCAGCCGCAGCUUAUCGCAUCUCUACCCCGAGCACUGCAAAGCUACUCAUCUCAAUAUGAACACCGGCAGUGCCCCUUCUUUUUCCAAAAAUCCCAUCCUAGCAGCUCAACAUGCUCUUUUAUCUUAUAACGAGCGUGAGGAACAUGGUAUAACGCGAUCUAAAUGGUUUGAGAAGGAAGGCUCUGGCUAUAGCGUCGCGCAAUCGACGAAACCUCAGACAAUCGGCUAUGCACUAGCUGAUAGUCCUGUAGCAUGUCUUGCCUGGAUAUAUGAAAAGCUGCACGACUGGACGGACGCGUACCCUUGGACAGACGAGGAAGUAUGCACUUGGGUGAGCAUCUAUUGGUUCAGCACAGCUGGUCCGGCGGCAAGUGUACGGAUCUAUUACGAAACGCGGCACAAUGUCGACAACCGGCCCAAUAAGAUGGAUCGUGAGAGGAUGCAGUCAUGGUCUCCCGGAGUCAAGCUUGGCUUCAGUCAUUUCCCGGUUGAUAUUCAUGUGCUUCCAAGUACAUGGGUACGUACUUUGGGCGAGACAGUGUUCGAGAAAGAGCACAAAAGCGGCGGCCACUUUGCGGCUUGGGAAAGGCCCAAGGAGAUUGUGGAGGACGUCCAAGAGAUGUUUGGUAAGGGAGGUGGUGCAUAUGGUGUUGUAGAAAGGCGGACUGGUUACAGCUCUUAG